UGCAGGCCACGUGUCGGUUGGCGGCUCAUCUUUGGUGUCUGCCAAAAAAUGUCAAUUUCACAAGCCUAAGAUUGGUGGGCCCCACCUUCCCUACUUAGGAGAUCAAUUUCACGCCGGAAAUCCGUUUGUUCCUUUUCCUCUUUUCCCAUUGAAAGAAUACAAUCUUUCUUCAACUACUCCACCACGCCUGAUUUCACCGUUCCAUUGUUUUAAGGAUAUAAUAAUAAUAAUAUUCCAGAUUUUGUUUAUGCUUUCUCUCCCAAGUUUCAAGUUUUCUUUCUCCAAUUUAAAGGAAUUUGUACGCAUAAAUGACUGUUUAUGAGCCAGAUCCUGACGUGGUGAGGUGGAAUCUCCACCUUAUAGAUGUUUGUGGUAUAAACAAUGGUGGUUCUCUCAGAACUGUUACUCAGUAUGACAGGAAUUCUUCUCAGCCUGGGUAUGUGAGAGAAGGUUAUUCUGAGCCUAUGCAUGUUAACGUGGAGAAUGAUGAGGUGAUUUCCCAUGCUCUUCAGGAGGAACUAUCACGACUUUCACUGGAGGAAUCCAUAGGAUCUUCACACACUGACGAAGAACAUCGAAGAGCGUCAGUUCUUGCUCAGGAUUGGGUUUCACCGUCAAGGCGGAAUUACAAUUUUUCACUUGAUGGCAAUGAAGAAGAGACAGAUAGUAAUGGAAUGAUUACCUUUUGCCCUCUCUCAGCUACAUCAUCCAACUGGGAGCAUCAAGCUAUUUCACCAGAGAUAGAGGAUGAAUCUCUUCUUGAUGGUGAAGUUGGGAAACGUUUGAAUCAGUUGGCUGCUAUCCCUCAUGUUCCCAAAAUUAAUGGAGAUAUACCCUCAGUAGAUGAAGCCAAAUCAGAUCAUCGAAGGCUGAUGGACAGGUUGGAAGUAUAUGAUCUAGUUGAGUUAAAAGUUUCUGGAGAUGGCAACUGUCAGUUCCGCUCACUGUCAGACCAAAUAUAUCGCAGUACUGAGCAUCACAAAUUUGUGAGGGAAGAAGUUCUUAAACAGCUCAAGUCCCAUAGGGAGUUGUAUGAGGGUUAUGUUCUGAUGGUCUUCGAUGAAUACUUGAAGAAAAUGAGCAAGGCUGGCGAAUGGGGUGAUCAUGUAACUUUGCAGGCUGCUGCAGAUUCAUUUUCAGGUCUGUUGAACUUGAUUGGUUAUUCGAUGGGGUAUUAGAAGUGAAUUGUUUACAAGCUAGCCUUCAGUGCCAUUUUAGAUGUUUCAACAGGGGUCUGGUGCUUGCUUAGUCAGGCAACCCCUAUUUGGAUAAGCCGGCUUCAGUUCUUUCUGAUUAGAGGAUGGAUCUUUUUAAUAGAAGAAAGCUCCUUUGGACUGGAAGGACAAAGCUCCUAAAUGACAUAUUUGGAUAAAUUCCAUUCUUAGUGAGAUCUUCAGUGCUAUUGUAAGUUGCGCAAUAUGACAGAUCUUUUUAAAAAUGAACAAGAAGUAGUGUGGCAUUAAACGUUCUUAUCAUUUUUAGACAUUCUAUUUAUUAGAUCAAGUGACAUGGCUUCUUCAAUUCCCUUAUUUCUUUUUUGCCUGUUUGGAGUUGCUUUUCUUGAGCCGAGGGUCUAUCGGAAACUGACUUUUUAUCUCGCAAGGUAGGGGUAAGGACUGCGUACACUCUACCCUCCCCAGACCCCACUUGUGGGACUAUACUAGGUAUGUUGUUGUUGUUGUAUUUCUUUGAUCAAGUGAAGUGACUUUGUAUUCAAUUAGUCUACUCUGCCAGUCUUCGCUCUUGAUGCCAACAGCUUUGAUGGCUUAAACAUGUCUCUGAAUGAGACGUUAUGAAAUUUUGGGAUGAAGCCUCUCUCAAAAUAUUAUAAUAGGAAGAGCUUAUGUGCUGACAAAAAUAUGCUCUCCAGCUCAUGGGAUUUAUUAAGUAAAACCCUUUGACACACAUAAUUUUGCCAGUGGCUUCUUGACUUUUCAGAGAGAGAGACAGAGGGAAUUACCCGUGGCUUGAGUUGCUUUGUGUUCCAAGUCAUUAUCCACAUUCUUGUUGAUGGAUUUAGGUCUUCUUGAUGUAAAUUCUAUCUCUGACCUCUUCUUUGUAUCUACUGUAGUCUCUUGACUAAGAAUUUCUGAAUUCUGUUUUUAUGACCUUGUUAUUCUAGCUAAGAAAAUAGUACUCAUAGAGAUCCAAAAUUUGACAAAUCAUAGGCAAACAAAAUAUUAUAAAUUCAAAAGAAAUGAGAAAUGUAUCCUGAUAAGAUCUGUUAUUAGGAAUUUAAUGGGAAGUUUGUUGAGGAAUUUGAAAAUGUAUUUGCUAUCAACUUAUCAUUCCUUUGCUUUGUAUCUUUUGGUUCAUUUCUGAGUGGAGCAUAAAACCUACUACAAUUUAUAGCACAUCAGUUUGUGUUGUGUAUCAUGCGAGUUUCUUUGUUGACUUUCAUCAACCAGAAGAAAUUGGGGUUGAUUUUGGUAAUUCACUGGUAUUUUCAGUAUUCCGCAAAUGCCAGGAGGAUGUAAUUAAGGUCCUUCCUAAUAAUGAUUGCUGGAUGAAAUUUAGUUAUUCACAUUGUGGCCCAUGCAACAAAGGUCAAAACUGAUAACAACAGGUUACUUGAUCAAACUAGAAAUCAGUGGCAAGAAGAACAACCCUUUAAAGCAUCCGAACUCUUUUAUCUGUAAAUAUUAAUUACUUGGUCUCGAAAAGGCUAAAGACUAGUUACUUUAGAAUCAAUAUGUUGUUCUGUAAUGAUUCUAAAAUGUAAUAUAUCUCAUAUCUUAUUUCCAAAUUUUGGUGUUUCUAACGUUUUUGUAAAAGAUAUAGUUACUUGUUUAAGUGUGUGACCAUCUCAUCUAUACACGCUUAAGCUGUUACAGAGAGCACACUUUUAUUUACUUAAUUGUAUUCAUCUUAAAGCUUAACCUGUUAGAGAUAUAGCACACUUUAUUUACUUAAUUGUAUUCUCAACCCGCCCCCUCCCGUGCGGGCCAUUCAUUUUCAUGGGCCAAGCACGUGUUUAGGCUUAAUACAUAGAUUGCCCCUGAGUCAGUCUGCGUACACUCUACCCUCCCGAGACCCCACUUGUGGGAAUAUACUGGGUAUGUUGUUGUUGCUAUUGUAUUGCCCCUGAGGUUGUCACCAUAUCCCUGCAACACACCCCUUGACCACAGGAAUUACCUUACACACCCAAAUUGUGUUUAAAGUGUUUCUUUUACACACCACUUUUGUGUUUAACCACUUCAGAUAAAGUGGUGUAUUUCACGCACCAACAAUGACGUGAUACGUGUCAUUGAUUUUUUUUUUUUUAAAAAAAAUAAAACACCUAAAAUUACAAUUAUACACCUUAGUUCAUCUCUUUCUCCACCAGCGCGAACCACCAGAAAAACCUACAACCAACACCUUCCUGUUCAAACCAAAACUUAGGUACUUAGUUCAAUGUAGUCCCAAUUCAAGAUUCAGAUUUUCUCCAAAAAAUUAGGACUAGAACUCUAAAGCUCCAUCAUCUUCCUCACUUGCAACUGCACUACAAACCCAGAAUUUUUCGGCCGGAGAGAGAGAGAUCUGCAUAAGAAUCUUAUUAUAAAGAAGAAAUAUGUAGGAAACUUCCUUCCCGCUAUCUAUUGUUUACUGCAUAUGGGUACAAAAUGGUGAAUACCAAAUCACUCCUAUGAGAUAGAAGAACCAUUUCACCGGAUCUUGGCCCGAAAUUUUUUCUGGUGACCAUUUCUACCUCCUGUUUCUUCCCACUCUGAGUCCUUUUUAGAAUCAGCAAUAGGAGAUGAAUUAUGUAGUAGAACUAUAGUGAUUUAUUACGGUAGUUUUCUGGUGUGAAAAGCUGAUGGAGAUAAUUUUAAGGUGAAAAAUGGUGAUUUUUUGCUGGUAGUAAUGGCAGUGCGUUGAGAUGAGGUGGCGCGGUGGUGAAUAAAUAAGGUGGAAUUUUUUUUUUUUUUUUUAAAUUUAGAAAAAGAUCAUUGAUAAAAAAAAAGUAAAUUAUUUUAGCAUUCGAGUCUAGUUCUGUGUAAAAAUACACGUGUGACACGUAGGUGAAAAGGGGCGUAAUAGACACGCAUUUGAAAUAUUUGGGUAUGUAAGAUGAUUUCGUGGUGAAGGGUUAUGUAACAGGGAUUUGGGGACAAUCUCUAUGUAUUAAGCCUUCUUUUUAUAAUGAUGGUGGUGAGACUCGAACCUAUGAUCUCUGUCUUCUCUGAUACCAUGUUGAAGUUUGUGACCAUCUUAUCAGAAAGCUUAAGCGGUAAGAGAGCACACUUUAUUUACUUAAUUAUAUUCUCAACAUUACCCUUAUUCCAGAUUUUUGGA